GACUUGCCAAUGACUGUGUACAAUUUGUACAUAUUCGACAAAUCGGGUAGAUGUGUGUACUAUCGAGAAUGGACUAAGACUAAGCAAGGGCCUUCUCCCUCUGCGGAUGAUCUCAAACUUUUACGUGGAAUGAUAAUUGGCUUGAAGGGUUUCUGUUCGAAAAUCUCGCCGAUGGAGCCAGAUGUCACUCGGUUUUCCUAUUCCACGAAUGUGUAUCGUUUACACUUUUACGAGUCACCCACUAUGCUCAAAAUUGUCUUAAACACGGAUAACUCAUGUGCACCAGUUCAUGAAGAAUUGGAGACCAUAUUUCGCAUAUACACCAAAUUUGUCUCUCAAAAUCCAGUCUGCCCGUCGUCUGGAGGAGUGGAUAGUCAACUUUUCACUACUAUGCUGGACGGUUAUGUGGAGAGUUUGCAAAUCUUCAAAAAAUAAAAGCUUCUUUUGUUGUCUA